AUGGCGGAUAUUGAAACGAAAAUCAAAGCCAUUAAUGAAAAAUUAAAAAAAGAAGAGCAAAUGCGCCAUGGUGCCGUUCGGAUGAAAUCUUCAACCUCUAAUCCAAAAGUGCACGCUCAAUGUGAACAAAACAUUGCAGAUUCGCAACGACGUAUCGAGUAUCUACAGACAGAGCUGGGAAAGUUGCAGCUUCGACAGAAAACGCGUUCACAGACGUCGUCGCCUGUUUCUCUGCGACCUCACUCGGGCGAUAGUUACUCGAACGAGACUGUCGUGCAAGAAACGUCACAGUUUACGCCGUAUAUGAGUGGUGGUAGUGGAUCUUUCACGUACGAUUCUCCAACCACCCGAGGCUUUGACUCUAAUCAAAAUCAAUUGCAGGAGCUUCCACCAAUUCAGUCUGGACAGCAGGAACGAAAAGCACCCACGUCAAAUUUGGAUCUUAUCAAAUCGGAAACACCGUACUCCACGGAAAAAGUUGCGUUGAAGCUUCAUGAACUUGAAUUCAAGCUUUAUGUCGAAGAAAAAUUGCUAGAAGGCUCUCUGAAAAUGAGCACUGCGGUCCUGGUUCAGGAUCCAAAAAAUAAAAAGAGUAUCGCCGAAGUGAAAGGUAAAACUUUGGAGAGUAAAGAGAAAAUUGCGUUGUUGACGCGGGCUUUGCAUAAGUACAAAGAGUUGUAUAUUCCGGGAGCGGAGGAAGAUGACGAAGCAACUUUGAAUGAAGACGAUCAUCGAUCAAAUGGACUACUAAAACCUGGUCUUCGUCGUCCAGUCACAGGAAAACUAAUUAUUCGUGUGAACCAUGCGUUACAUCUAUCACAUCCUCCAGUCCGAGCAACGGAAACAACGGUGGUAAUCAAGGUCGACGGUGUACAAAAGGCAAAGACACGAGUGGCAAGAAAUGAUCGUUGGAAUGAAGAUUUUGCAAUACAUGUCGAGAAGGCAAGCGAAGUUGAAAUAACAAUUUAUGAUAAAUCGCAAGAUCAUCAGGUUCCAAUUGGGUUACUAUGGUUUAAAAUUUCUGAUAUUGCCGAAGAGCUACGGAGGAAAAGAGUGGUGGCUGGAAGUGCACCUGAUUGGGUAUCUGCAAAUAAUCGGUUUGAAAAGCAGGAUAAUAAUACGAAUCCGGGACCUGGGGAUGCAUAUGGUAUUCCGUAUCCUGCUACGCAGCCUCAGGGAGCGUCUCCACCGGAUGGAAUUGAUGUGUGGUUUGAAGUCGAGCCUGUGGGUCGGAUAGGGCUCAAACUUGACUUUGUCAAAGAAAAUCGAAAACGACCUGCUGAUGCUGGUCUUAUUCGAUUAGGAGCAUUUCGAAAAAAGAAGGGUGAAAUUCACUUGCAAAACGGGCACAAAUUUAUUCAACAAUUUUUCUAUCAAAUUAUGAAAUGUGCUUAUUGCGAAGAAUUAUUUGCUAAUGAAGGAUUUCAGUGUGAUGAUUGUAAACUGACUUGUCAUAAAAGGUGUUUUCAAAAAAUGGUGACAAAAUGUAUAUCGAAAGCUAAUGCUGAGAUGGAUGGUGACUAUAAACAACUUAACCAUCGUAUUCCUCAUCGAUUCGAAGCUAUAACAAACAUCAGUGCUAAUUGGUGUUGUCAUUGCGGCUAUAUGCUUCCAUUGGGAAAAAGAGGAGCGAAACGGUGCUACGAAUGUAAUAUUACCUGUCAUGCGACAUGCACCCAUCUUGUUCCCGAUUUCUGUGGAAUGACAAUGAAACGUGCCAGUGAUAUGAUUGAUCAAAUACAACGUGCCACCAUACUGCGUGAAAGAUCGGAAGAAAUGAAACGUAAAGGUCAAGAAGAGAAACUUAACUUCAUUCAUCCGGAUCAAUAUAAACCGCCACAGUCAUUACUAAUACAACCACCACCACAACAACAUCCUCAGUACCCUAUAUCGACAAUACCACAACAAUCUCAACAGAAUUAUCAGCAUCAGUUCUCACAAUCAUCACAACAACAGCAACAACCUUAUCCACCUCCUGUUAAUCAGAUACCAGAUAUUUAUCAUAUUGAUAAUGCGAUACCGCCACUACAAAUACAAGAACCUUAUCCGCCAAUGAAUCAGCCGCCUAUAAAUCAACAGCAAAUCAUACAACAACAACAAUUUUCUCCGCCACCUCCAAAAGUGCCUGACUAUAAUACGGUUAAGAAACCACGGAAGGUUGGGUUGGAAGAUUUUAAUUUCCUCGCUGUUUUGGGUAAAGGUAAUUUUGGCAAGGUAAUGCUUGCCGAAGAGAAAUACAACAAACAACUUUAUGCUAUAAAGGUUUUGAAAAAAGAAUUUAUUAUUGAAAAUGAUGAGGUCGAAAGUACUCGAUCAGAGAAACGUGUCUUCCAGGCAGCAAAUCGAGAACGUCAUCCAUUCCUGGUUGGACUACACUCGUGUUUCCAGACAGAAACCCGUAUAUAUUUUGUCAUGGAGUAUGUUAGCGGGGGUGAUUUAAUGUUGCAUAUACAACGUGAACAGUUUACUUAUCGCCGAGCACAAUUUUAUGCCGCCGAAGUAUUACUCGCCCUGGAGUAUUUCCAUAAACAGGGUAUCGUAUACAGAGAUCUGAAACUGGAUAAUAUUCUUCUGACCCUUGAUGGUCAUAUCAAGAUUGCCGAUUACGGUCUUUGUAAAGAGGAGAUGUGGUUUGGAAAUACCACUAAUACAUUCUGUGGUACACCAGAAUUUAUGGCCCCAGAGAUUCUUUUGGAACAAAAGUACGGCCGUGCCGUCGACUGGUGGGCCUUUGGUGUUCUGAUUUAUGAAAUGUUGUUGGGACAGUCGCCGUUCCGAGGUGAUGACGAAGACGAAAUAUUUGAUGCUAUUUUGGAGGAUGAGAUUCUUUAUCCUAUUAAUAUGUCGAGGGAUUCUGUGUCCAUAUUACAAAGGUUACUAACACGAGACCCAGAACGUCGUCUUGGUUCGGGACAAAGCGAUGCUGAAGAAAUCAAAAGACAUCCAUUUUUCAAAGGCGUAAAUUGGGAUGACAUACUCGGCAAAAAAGUCCCGCCACCAUUUUUGCCCAGCAUUUCAUCACCUACCGAUACAUCUAAUUUCGACGAAGAAUUUACACGCGAAGUACCCGUUCUAACGCCGGUACAUAGUCAUCUGAACUCCGAGGCUCAAAACGAAUUUCGUGGGUUCUCGUAUGUGGCGGAGUGGUAA